AAGCAGCGCCGCAUUUCGCGGGCCUGCGACUACUGCCAUCGCCGCAGCAUCCGCUGCCGCCCGGCUGAGGACGGCACAGGCUGCCAGAACUGCAGAGACUUCGCCCAGACCUGUACUUACCACCGGAAGCCGCGUCGGCGAGGAGUACCCGCUCGCGGCAGUGGGGGAUCCUCGGCCAAUCGACAUGCAGUGGAGGGUUUGCCAGAUCUAGAGUCGUCGAGAUCGCCAUCCCAGGGAGACUUGCGAAUAAUCCCCGAGAUUCAGCACCCGGGGCCCAAUGCCAAUGCCUCGCCGCAGUCACAGUCGGCCUGGCGGGCUCCCUACAUCGUCAGCCAGGCCACUGUCGUUGAUCUCGUCGAGCUCUACUUUGAAAUUGUCUACCCAAUCUUUCCCUUCUUCCACCAGCCCUCCUUCACUCGCAAGAUAUCGAGGGCCGAGUACAAUACUAAUCAGUCGCUCUUUGCCACUACCAUGGCCGUGUGUGCCCUGGUGGGCGGCCGGGUCCGUGACGGCUCCGUCAUGAACCCGCGAUGGGACGUCCAGGCCCUCCAGAGAGAGACAUUGCCAGACACCUUUUACGCCGAGGCCAAGAGGCAGCUGUUGGACAAUGGCGUUGAAAGUUCAGACUUCAACAUCCUCCGUGGUCACGCUAUAAUGGCCAUUACGGCUAUUCAAAAUGGCAAAAUUCGGGACAUGCAUCAUCAUCUUGGCAUUUAUCACACACUCAUGGCCAUGGAUGGGCUUCAUGAUGAGGUGAACUGGCCGUCUGGCAUUGGCAUUAUCGAGAGAGAAGAGAGGAGAAGAAUGUUUUGGUCUAUUUAUACCCUGGAUAUCUUCACGUCUGUGGUUUGGGGUGGUGUUAUUCGUUCUCGUGAACAGCAAGCCAAUGUUGCUUACCCAGCAGAGGUGGAUGACCAAUACAUUAGUGACGGAGGCAUUGCACGGCCAGGCCUCUCACCCAGUAGCCUAAGCCCUCCCAUUGCUCGCCUCGUCCUGACUGCCCAGUCUGAUUGCUGGUUGUCUGGCUGGAAUUUCAUCACGGAUCUAUACAGAGUGUUGGAGCAUGCUCUGGCACGAUUCCGGGACCGUAGGAGAUCCUUCAUGUCCGAAAUCAUCGACGACCAGUCCACCGUGACUGGGACAUCUGUUCGUGACAAAGUGCUCCGCAUGUAUCUGAACCUUCCUGAAUGCUUCAAAAACACACCAACCAUGGCAUUCAACCAGAAGCAGGAUCUAUUUGGCUUCCAGGCAGCCAACAUCACUGCCAGCCUUCAGCUUCUUCGCAUCACUCUCUUCGCGGCGGGAGGCGCAAGUAUUGCAGAGCGUUGUGAGAUUGCCUCCGACGUGGUGGAUGCUUUCAGCUCCAUUCCGGUGCAAUAUUGCUUGACUAUAAGCAAACCACUGCUGCAUCAUCUGGGUGGAAUCGGCGCCAUUCUCGGUUCCGUCUUUGAGGAGCCACUUAGCGAGGGGGAGUACAAUCGGGUGAGAUCUGUCAUGUUAUCAAUGGCAAGGCUUCUGGAAAACCUCGAGACGAUACACCGGAGCUCGAGUGCCAGCGAGAAGCUUCGAUCUCAGGUAUCCCGCAUUGACGAGUACAUGGCGGCCCAGCGCCAACAGUCAAGGCCGGCUCUGGAGGAAACUCCAGUGAGUACUACGAUGCAACAAGUGUUGCCAGUCGACAGUUCAAGAGGUGCUGCGCAUAAUUAUGAGCAGGUUGGCUCAGAGAUGGCAGGUGACUGGUCGUUCUUGGUGCCCCCCGACUUAUUAGGAGAUUUGACGUGGAAUUUCGAU